CCAGGGAGUGCCCCGGACCCGCCCAGCGCCAGCUCCCCACAGCUCCAUCCGUGCCCCUGUGUGCCAGCAUGUCGGACACCGGAGCCGAGCAGAGCGCCAGCUGCAUGAGCCUGGUCAGCGCCUACAUCCGGACCAGGAAGGGGAUCGUGCUGGCGACGGAGAUAGGCAUUUGCAUUAUCGUCCUGAUUUGUUACGCUGCCUCUAACACUCCGGGAUACCUUGGCGUUGCCAUCACAGAACUUAUCUUCUCCGUCAUCUUUUUCUUCUUAUUCGCUGCCCGCUACGACCAACAGAUCCCCUUUAUCCACUGGGGCUGGACCGAUUUUCUACGUGCGGCCAUAGGCGGUGGUCUCUUUAUAAUUCUCUCCUUAGUGUGUCUAAUCCGCGGUGGUGAUGGUCCUGGCAUUGCUGGAUCGGUCUUUGGGCUUCUGGCAGGGAUCCUGUUUGCUUAUGAUGCUUUUAUCACAUUUCCUACACUAAGAAAAUCACACGCUCCAGCCGCAACUGAGUCUCCCGAUAACAUCUAACAUUCAUUUUGUACAAGCGGGAGGGAUCACAUGAGCCACAGGUCUGCACCACGCUAUGGCGGCCGUCCCCGGCGAUGAGGAAUCUGGCGGCCUAAGGGAAUAUCGCACCACCGUGGAUAACACCGCUGGGCAAUAUACCAGUAGAGAUACGGUGUUUAUUACAUGAAUGACACUGUGGGUGUGCUCGUCUGUUAGUUAUCAUGUGUCCUCCAUAGGGGGUUGUUUUACAUACAAAAAUAAGCUUUUUUUUAAUACUUUAGUCACAAAAAUCAAUAAAUGUUUCUAUAAUCUUG